AAAAAAGAACUUGCAGCAGGCAAAAUAGAAAAAAUAUAUAGUCAAUGGCAGUAAACAUCGUCGCUCUUUUGCCCCGUACGGGAGCAAUUGUACUAGCAGUUGUUCUCCUUAUUGUGUCUGCCGCAACCAUUGGAGUCAUUAACAACAAUGAAGGACUUCGGGAUGUUCGGGAUUAUGAUGGUCCAACGACAGGCAAUACUCUUAUUGAGGAUACUGUGGAGCUCCAGACGCUCAUUCUCUCCACGCAAGGUUCUGCAGCCUGGCUUAUUAUAAUGAGUAUCGGCAUCGUGAUCGCGGAAGCCAUCGCCAUCGUCCUAAUUAUCAUAGAUCUCCAGGGGAAUGGGAAACUUAUCGUUGGAAUCCUGGUAUAUAUAUAUAUAGCUACGGUAUUACGAAGCGUAUGUAAUUCAUAUUUCUUUUCGCAAUGCAGGAGAUAAUCUUCAGCGUUCUGGUGAUUCUGUCCUACUUCGCAACUGGAAUUGCCUCCGCCGCGUAUGCUGCAGCGUGGGGCGCUCCACCAGACCUAUGCGAACUUGGGGAAACCGUCCAGGACGAUCCGUGCGAUAGGAAGCCACUCACUGCAACAACCGCACUGCAAGCUGUGUUUUGCUUCAUCCAAAUCGGAGUGUUUGGAGUCAUUGUUGUGUUGACAAUACUUGGAAUCGUGAGGAGCAGAUCUGAGUCAAAAGCCUGAGGAAAACGCUGAAGAGACUAAGAGAGACUAGAAUAAUAUGACUUUGACACUGACUGUAGGGUUUUCUUAGCUAUUAUCCUGUAUGAAAGCAAUAUAGAAGUGUAGAAUAACAGUUUUGUUAUA